AUGCCCUCAAAGGCCGCCAACGCCUCCGCCGGGGGCCCAGUGAGCAAUCGCCUACGCAGCUUCUUCCGCAUGAACAGCAGCGCGAGCAGUAUCAACGAGAAGGAAAGGGGCAGCAACUCCCUCAGCCUCAGCGGCGUGCCCAUGGGCAAUGGAAACAGCAGUGACUCACAUUCCACCAAAACCUCGCGACACACCAAGCUUUUCAACAGCACCGUCGGCCGCCUCAGGUCGCACACCGUCGCGAGCGAAAACAACAAGUUGGAAGAGGCUAUGAGCCCUACGGCGCUUGCCAACCCUUACUUUGCUCAUCAAGGCCAACCUGGCCUGCGCCACCAUAACGAAGGCUCAGUGCCACCAAGCCCCCCAGAUACACCUACACUCAAGAUCUCAAGCCCAGAUGGCACCGAGGCUGAACAGGCUACAAGCGAAACAAAGGAAGAGCUGGCCCGCAGGUUAAGACGGGUCGCUAGCGCGCCCAAUGCCCAAGGAUUAUUUGCGAAUGCUGGAAACAAGGGCGAUCGCCCAGGCACUGCUGAACUGGGCAAGGAUCCUCUGAUUCAGAAUGCCAAGUCUGGUUCACUUAGCCUUAUCGAUGGCGCGAAACCCGAUUCCCAACAUCCAUUACAAACCGAAGACACGCUCGGUGCCCUGCCUCCUCCACAGACUUCCUUAGCCUUCCGCAGGACAUACAGUUCCAAUUCCAUCAAAGUCCGCGAUGUUGAAGUUAGUCCCUCCAGCUUCGACAAGAUCAAACUUAUCGGUAAGGGUGACGUAGGUAAAGUAUAUUUGGUCAGGGAAAAGAAGAGCAACCGACUCUAUGCCAUGAAAGUCUUGAGCAAGAAAGAGAUGAUCAAGAGAAACAAGAUCAAGCGCGCCCUUGCCGAACAAGAAAUUCUCGCAACGAGCAACCAUCCCUUCAUUGUUACUCUUUACCACUCGUUCCAGUCUGAAGACCAUCUUUAUCUUUGCAUGGAAUACUGUAGCGGUGGAGAAUUCUUCCGAGCGCUUCAGACCCGCCCUGGCAAGUGUAUUCCGGAAGACGACGCCCGUUUCUACGCCGCUGAGGUUACGGCUGCGUUGGAAUACCUCCAUCUCAUGGGUUUCAUCUACCGAGAUCUAAAACCAGAGAACAUUUUGCUUCACCAGUCCGGCCACAUCAUGUUAUCGGAUUUUGAUCUCUCAAAACAGUCUGGCUCUGGUGGCAAGCCGACCAUGAUUGUGGGCAAGAACGGAGCGAGAACAGAUUCUCUACCGACUAUUGAUACGCGGUCAUGUAUUGCGGACUUCAGGACAAAUUCAUUCGUCGGUACUGAGGAGUACAUUGCUCCUGAAGUAAUCAAGGGCAGUGGUCACACGAGCGCAGUCGACUGGUGGACACUGGGCAUUCUCAUAUACGAGAUGCUUUACGGAACUACACCUUUCAAGGGAAAGAACCGAAAUGCUACUUUUGCCAACAUCUUGCGCGAGGAUAUUCCCUUCCCUGAUCACACUGGAGCACCGCAAAUCUCAAAUCUAUGCAAAUCACUCAUCAGGAAGCUUUUGAUCAAGGACGAGAAUCGAAGACUUGGUGCCCGCGCCGGUGCAUCGGACAUCAAGGCCCACCCCUUCUUCCGAACCACUCAGUGGGCCUUGAUUCGCCAUAUGAAGCCGCCGAUUGUCCCUAACCAGGGCCAUGGGAUUGACACGAUCAAUUUCAGGAAUGUCAAGGAGAGCGAGAGUGUUGAUAUCAGCGGAGCUAGGGCGAUGAACGUCACUGGUGUUCCACUGGAUAGUGGACUGGCAACUCCAGGCAACGAGGCUGCAGACCCAUUCCUUGAGUUCAACAGCGUUACACUCCACCACGACGAUGACGUGCAAUUCCACGACAUAAGCUAUGCAUCAUCACCAGCGUCCUAA